GUUAGGAGGAGCCUGUCCUGGUACAAGUCAUACAGUACAGCCUUUCAAAAGCGCUACAGCUUUUGAAGAAUUCAUCCAACACAUCUUAUGGUUUUUGAGAGGUAAAUUUGAUGGUGCCCUUUUAAAGAGUUCCUGACUCUUAGUAGUCAGCAAAUAUGCAGCUCCCAUUGGGUGUACUGUACUGCCCUUGCUUUCUCUUUCUUUCUGAAAUCCUGAAAUGCUCAAGAGUGUUUACUUGCUCAGUGCUUGUUACAUCUCUUAGACAUAUAUAUUUUCACUAACGCCAUUUCCUGUUGAUUCAUCUAAGUAAUGCUCCAGCAACGGUAUGUGGAGUGGAAAAAUGAAUCAAUCUGGGCAGUCUCCUUAAUGGGUGAUUUGUUUUGUAAUUUGUACAAAGGAAUUUCUCCAAGGAAACUGUUUGCUUUCUUCCCAAACACUUUGUUGCCUAACUCUGGAACAAAACUCUGUCUUUAUAGCACAUCACAAAAUUGUUUCAACUUGCAGUCCAGUCCCCACAUCCUCUUGUUUGUUCAGCGUUCCCUGGGAAGCUCCACCCUCACUUCCAGCUGAUAACUAGGUUAGCCCACAGCCUGAUUUCCCAGUUUCUCCUUUGCCCGCUUGGCAGCACUUGUUUUUUCAUUGGCCACCAGCCUUACAAGCAGGGAUUGACUGCACGUGGUGGCGUUUGUGCUGGCAGUGGCAGUCCAGGACUUCUUGUGUCAAGCAGCCUCAUCUGCUUGCUGUGAAGCACAGCAUGAUGGUGGGGACAGUCCUCUUCCAGUCUAGCAGCUAUGGCAAAGAAGGCAAGCUGCUCUGCUGCCUAAGCAAGGAAGCCUCUGAGCCUGGCGUGAAUUUCACAGAGGCCCUGCACCGCCCUUAUGGUUGCGAUGUUGAACCCCAGGCACUGAAUGAAGCCAUCAGAUGGAGCUCCAAGGAGAACCUGCUUGGAGCCACUGAGAGCGAUCCCAAUCUCUUUGUUGCACUUUACGAUUUUGUAGCAAGUGGUGACAACACCCUCAGCAUCACCAAAGGUGAGAAGUUGCGAGUCCUGGGUUACAACCAGAAUGGUGAAUGGAGUGAGGUACGUUCAAAGAAUGGUCAGGGCUGGGUACCAAGCAACUACAUCACACCAGUGAACAGCCUGGAAAAGCAUUCAUGGUACCAUGGGCCGGUGUCACGCAGUGCAGCGGAGUAUCUCUUGAGCAGUCUCAUCAAUGGCAGCUUCCUGGUUCGUGAAAGCGAGAGCAGCCCAGGGCAGCUGUCCAUCUCGCUCAGGUACGAAGGACGUGUUUACCACUACAGGAUCAAUACCACCUCAGAUGGAAAGGUAUAUGUGACAGCAGAGAGCCGUUUCAGCACUCUAGCAGAGCUGGUGCACCAUCACUCAACAGUAGCAGAUGGACUGGUGACAACUUUGCAUUACCCAGCACCCAAGUGCAAUAAGCCCACUGUCUAUGGAGUAUCCCCCAUCCAUGACAAGUGGGAGAUGGAGCGAACUGAUAUCACCAUGAAGCACAAACUUGGGGGAGGGCAGUAUGGUGAGGUGUACGUGGGUGUCUGGAAGAAAUACAAUCUCACAGUUGCUGUGAAAACAUUAAAGGAAGAUACCAUGGAAGUGGAAGAGUUCUUGAAAGAAGCUGCUGUGAUGAAGGAGAUCAAGCAUCCAAAUCUAGUGCAGUUGUUAGGUGUAUGUACCCUGGAGCCACCUUUUUACAUUGUGACAGAAUACAUGCCAUAUGGGAACCUGCUAGACUACUUACGGGAGUGCAACCGGGAGGAAGUGAGUGCUGUUGUGCUACUCUACAUGGCCACUCAGAUCUCUUCUGCUAUGGAGUACCUGGAGAAGAAGAAUUUCAUUCACAGGGAUCUGGCAGCACGGAACUGUUUAGUUGGAGAAAAUCACGUUGUGAAGGUGGCUGACUUUGGCUUAAGUCGACUUAUGACUGGAGAUACCUACACAGCUCACGCUGGAGCCAAGUUCCCAAUCAAAUGGACGGCUCCUGAGAGUCUGGCCUAUAACACCUUUUCAAUCAAAUCAGAUGUGUGGGCUUUUGGGGUGCUGUUAUGGGAGAUUGCUACCUAUGGGAUGUCACCAUACCCAGGCAUUGACCUCUCUCAGGUGUACGAUCUGCUGGAAAAGGGCUAUCGGAUGGAACAACCAGAGGGGUGCCCUCCAAAGGUCUACGAACUGAUGAGGGCAUGCUGGAAGUGGAACCCACCAGACAGACCUUCCUUUGCUGAGACCCACCAGGCUUUUGAAACCAUGUUCCACGACUCGAGCAUCUCAGAGGAGGUAGCAGAGGAGCUUGGAAGAACAGCCUCCUCCUCAUCCAUAGUUCCUUACUUGCCCCGGUUGCCCAUGCUUCCCUCCAAGACUAGAACACUGAGGAAACAGGCAGAGAACAAGGAGAACAUUGAGGGAACGCAGGAUACUGUGGAGCACUCAGCUUCCAGUUCAGCACCAGGUUUUAUCAGAAGCACACAGCCAACAAGUGGGUCUCCUGCACUGCCUCGCAAGCAGAGGGACAAGUCACCCAGCAGCCUAUUGGAGGAUGCCAAAGAAACCACUUUCACCAGGGACAGAAAAGGUGGCUUCUUCAGCUCCUUUAUGAAGAAGAGGAAUGCUCCCACACCUCCCAAACGCAGCAGUUCCUUCCGGGAGAUGGAAAAUCAGCCACAUAAGAAAUAUGAGCUGACGGGUAACUUUUCAUCUGUUGCUUCCUUGCAGCAUGUGGAUGGGUUCUCUUUUGCUCCCACGCAGCAGGACGCAAGCCUAGCACCACCUAAGUGCUAUGGUGGGGGCUUUGUGCAGAGGACCUUCUACAACGAUGAUGGCACUGGUACCAGCAGUGGUGGGGGUGUAAGCACUGGUGGUGGGUGGUCGGGCAUCACUGGUUUCUUUACACCACGCUUGAUUAAAAAGACACUGGGUUUACGAGCAGGAAAACCCACUGGCAAUGAAGAACCUUCAAAACCUUUUCCAAGGUCAAACUCUACAUCUUCCAUGUCCUCAGGGCUUCCAGAGCAGGAUAGGAUGGCAAUGACCCUUCCCAGAAAUUCCCAGAGGUCAAAACUCCAGCUGGAACGGACAGUGUCCACCUCCUCUCAGCCUGAUGAGAGCACGGGGAGGGGCAAUGACCUGCUUCCCAAAAGGUUUGAAGAAGGCCCUGCUUUGACCAGAGAGAGACCAAAAGCAAAACUCUUGCCGAGGGGUGCCACAGCACUCCCUUUCCGAAACCCUUCUGCAUCGGAAGACAAGGAGGGUCCAGGGCUAGCCGCAGCUCCCAAGGGCAAGGAAAAAAACAGUGGCCCACGGCAAGGGGCCCUUGAGGAUGGCGAGAGACCAGGGUGGUCAUCUCCAGUAAAGGCUGCAGCAAUACUUCCAACCACUCAUAACCACAAAGUGCCAGUCCUAAUUUCACCCACUCUAAAACACACUCCAGCAGAUGUGCAGCUCAUUGGCACAGACUCUCAGGGUAAUAAAUUCAAGCUCUUAUCUGAGCAUCAGGUCACUUCUUCUGGCGACAGGGACCGUCCCAGACGGGUAAAACCAAAGUGUGCUCCACCUCCACCACCAGUGAUGAGGCUCCUACAACAGCCAGCUGCCUGCUCAGAUGCAGCAGAAGAGCUGAGCAAUGUGGCAGGAGCGCAGCAUGGACUGGAAUCAAGUGAAGGGAGUAAGAAGGCAGCAGCAGCAGCAGCACCUGUUGGUGGAAAAUCUGGGAGGCCUGUGGUGCCUCCGCCUCAAGUGCCUCUGUCAUCGUCUUCCACCUCCCCAGUGAAACUGGCCAAUGGCACGGCCGGUGCAAAAGUAGCGCUGAGAAAGACCAAACAGGCAGCUGAGAAAAUCUCCGCAGACAAAAUCAGCAAGGAAGCACUGCUGGAGUGCGCAGAUCUUCUCUCGAGUGCCAUCGCCGAGCCAACGCCAAACAGCCAGCUGGUGGACACAGGGCACCAGCUGCUGGAUUACUGCUCAGGCUACGUGGACUGCAUCCCGCAUACGCGCAACAAAUUUGCCUUCCGGGAAGCCGUGAGCAAACUGGAACUCAGCCUGCAGGAGCUGCAGGUUUCUUCAGCAGCUGCUAGCGUCCCUGGGGCAAACCCCGUCCUUAAUAACUUAUUGUCAUGUGUCCAAGAAAUCAGCGAUGUGGUGCAAAGGUAGCUACUGUCAAUCUGGGUAAGAGAAAUACACAUGGGGAGGGGGGGACUUUUUUUCUGUACUGAUGCUUUCAAAAGGAAAGACUGAUACUUGAGUAUGUGAAGUACCUCAGAUCACUGAGUUCUCCUCACGUUUACAGGUUCAUCUCAAAGAAUGGGGAUGGAGAGGGUAGAUUAAAGCUGUAAGGGGCAAAACAGCCUGUAUUUGUCCCUACCUAGUCAGGCUGAUCUGCUUGAUAUGGCAAGGGAAGGAAGCUCCUUGCUUCUCCCUUGGAGAGGCAGGAGUAUUGAUGGCAGGUUCUAGCUCUGGAAAGGAUGAAUUGAUGUGUGGUAGCUGGAGUACUGGAGUGGCUGCAGGCCACUUGGCUGUACAGAUCCUCCCCUGUCUGUGCCAAAGUAUGCUUUGGUCUCCUGACAUGGCAAAGUAAAGGAACUGGGGCUCUGUUGGUACCAAGUGCCGAGCAGUCUGAGCUGGAGUAGCCAUCAAGAGGGAGGUUACGUGCAGUUGGGAGAAAGGUCUAAUGCACUGACAGUAUUCAGAGCUGCUGGAGGUGGAUGCACUAGCCCAGAUGGCUUACUUCCACAGCACUGUUGCUGCUGUAAUGAGAACUGCAAAAUUAGUUAAUAUAUUAAACUAUCUCUUUUCCUUCCUGUCCACCUCAUCCACCACAUGUUCUCAUCUGCGUUGUAUCGGAAGCAUCAGGGAUACUGGGCAGACUUACCACUGGAAUACCCCCUUCCCCACCACACAGCCUUGUCUCAGUUGAUACUUCUUUCUAGUGGUCUCGCACCAGUGCUGCUUGAUGGUCAUUUGUGAGUAGUUUGGGGCUCUUGCACAACUUGCCAGUUAUUGGGGUGGGUGGUUUUUGUUUGGUUUGCUUUUUUUAAGCUCUAGGUUGUUUCUAUCUUGUUACCAGGUUUACUCCCCAGUUUAGUUUCAUCACCUUGAGGACCCAUAGUAGGUAAGGCAGAGCUUCUGCCACCCCUAGCUGUUCUCCACAUUCCUUUAGUGGUCACAGCACUGCAGAGCCAGCUGGAGAGCCAGGAAGUACAGCCUGGCCUGCCCGUUACACACCCUUAGUGCUGUAGGGUUCUCUGGAUCUGUCCCUUAUCUUGGCCUAAUGCUUCAUACUGAGGGCUUCCUGAGAUUUGUUUUAGUGCUUCCUGGUCUUGAAGGCUUCCAGCUUCCUGGCAUGUGAAGGUGACUGUGUAUGGCAGUGCAGAGGAGAAUCACAGCCAUCUUUUUUAUUUCUUCCUGUAUUUUAAAGGCUAGAUCACAAUCUUAUGCUGUGGCAAAGGGAACACACACAUAAACUGCACACUCCCCUGCUUGAGAUGCGACAACAAAUGUUAUAGCUUUGCCUCGGAGCGCUCCCACUGGGUUAUGGUUUCUGAUGUCUGAUGCCUACUAGCAAUGAAUGCAGUUGUGUGGUUGAAGUUGUCUUCCUUGGUCCUAGUGCUAGUUGUAGACUGUGGUGGCAUCAAAAAGCUGGUCUUCUGCCUAUACGCACAACUCCCUGAAAUGUAAAUGUACUGGCAGGUAGGAAGACCUCAACUAAUUUGAUUUGUGAGAAAUGGAAAACAGGUCUGAUAGCUGGCUCCAAAUACGCAUUACCCUGCAUGCUGCUGCUCACUUCACACUAUUGGUGAUGAUAGAGGAUCUCGCUUGCUUUGCACCUUAAAUCUUUUCUUUUUUGCUAAAAUGCUUUUUUAACUUGUCUUUAAAGUGUGACUGUGCUGCUUGUAGUUUGAGCAUUUAGAGUUGAACUGGGGCACAGGUGUGAAUUUACAAGAUGGGCACUUCCAUUUCUGUCUAGGAUCAUUGCCCUGUUGGUGCUUGGAAGUAGGCUGGGUUGCCUUGGUGAGCAUCCCUGUUUUUUCCAUGGAGCAUAGCGAGACAGGGGCCGAACAAUCUUUAGAAACGAUGUCUGAGAAUCCUCAUUUUAUCACUGGUCUGUGGUAAAUGAAGUUGUGUCACAAUGCAUGAAUGCACCCCGGUGGAGCAGUAUGUGAGGCAGAAAGGACCACAUGAGCUUCACUGUUCAAGUAAGUGGAAUGGUGAAGGGAGAAGGAAAAGGUAACUCCUCCACCCCGGCUGACGUUAAGGCAUUAAGUGACUGAACAUCUCAGUUUUACUCCAGUGAGCUGGUACCUAAGUGGAGACAAAUCAAAGUACAGCGUGGGUUACUCAUCCUGACAUACAGUCAGUACCAAGCCUACCCAACAAAACCUGCUGUCUAGUUCUACAGUGGGACCUUUAGUAGGUUGGGGAGGGGUACACCAGGGCUUUCACAGCAAUGCUCACCUGUAAGGCAGAGUACCAAACCGUUAUCAUGUAGACUUUACUGAGGGCUUUUGUGGUUUACCUUAUCUCUUUCAGUCAUCUUUACUGAAGGUGUGCACACCGAACUAAUUGUCUUUGGAAAGCUGACCUGCAAAGGGAAGGCAGCUUGUGAUACUGCUUCACAUGGCCUUUCAAACAAUCAAGAUGAUUUAACAGGUAUGGGAGCUUUCUUCGGGGCAGAAGGGCAAGUCUUGUUUGCCCUGGCAGACAAUCGCAUGGUUUCAUCAUUGUACUACUAGUCAGCCUAGGACGAACAGACUGAAACUGAAGUGAUUCUCAGGGGAAAGGUAUUUUAACCUGAACAUUUUAAGGCUGUUAGUCCAGUUCUGAUUAGUAUUUUGAACGGAGCUUUUUGGGUUUUUUCCCUGAAUGACAGUCUUCC